UAAGUGCACAAUUUUAAUCAAUUAAGUCCAAGUGGAUUUUUUAAUGUUAUAUUGUAAUCUUUACCGAGUUUUUUGAACUGAAAAUCUGUAGAACUCUGUUCCCUUUAUUCUUUUGUUUGAUAUUUUACUGAUUACUUCAAUCUUGAUGUGGGUAAUUUACGGUUCUUCGGUGUGGGGAGUUGUAAUUUAGUUUGAUAUUUUACUGAUUACUUCAAUUGUACAACCUGUGUGAUACAUACAAUUCAAUUUGAUCACCACAAAAGUUUCUGAAUAUAAUGAACUGAAGGCAAAAACCAUCCACUCCAUGAAUCAAUAGCAAAAUAAAUUACUUACCGGUUGAUAAUGAAGCUCUCACUUGAGCUGCUUUAAUGAACUUUGACUUAUCUGUUUGCAUACCGAAAAUGAUACUUCGAAAAUGACAAUUUUGAAAGAAAACUCUAAAACAAACCACACACAAUGCAGACUUAUAAAAAGUGGCUAGAAUACUAAAAGUAUUAUUGUAAUUGUCAACUCAUAAAAACUUCUUUUAUAACAAUUUGAUUUCAACACACACUGCCCAUUUAUUGUGUGAUACGUGGAUGUCACCAAAAUUUCAGGUCAAACUCAAAGAAAGGCAGAGCCAAGAAGAUGAGGACGAUGAAAAGGAUGAGGAUCCUGCUAUUCGUUUGUACAAGGACACACAUUUUAAGGAACAAGGUGGAUGGGCAUACGAGAAAGCUAAGAGGAAUUUUGAUGCAAUGAAAGAAAAUACUGCACAAAAUUCUCAAAAUUCUGAUGGUACGAGUCCAAGUACAAAACCAACUAGGCAUAAGGAAGGGAUAUUGCCGUGGAUUUGGACAUGGUUUCGUGGCUCCAAAGCGUCAACGUGCCUCCUCAUCAUGUGAUGAGGCUUCUAGGAAAAAGGCCGAAAUUGCUGAAGAAAGAAAUGUACAAAUGACGGAAAAGAUGGAAAAAUUUGAGAAGAUGCUUGAGCAGUACCAACAACAGCCACCACCAUGGUUCCUCCAAUAUCAGCAGCAGCCGCCACCAUGGUUCCUUCAAUUUCAGCAGCAGCAGCAGUCACCACCAUGGUUCUACCAACAACAGUCUCCAUCAGAUUCCCAACUGCAGCAAACCGCACCAAACUGGCAUCAACAGCCACCGCUACCUCCAGCAGACUCUCAUUUUCAGCAGCCGCCACCAACAAUAAAAUGGCAAUAUCAGCAGCCGCCACCAACAUGGUGGCACCAACAAGCACUACCACAACCACCAACAGAAUGAAUAAUGGAUCUUGAAGAGGAUGGAAUAAAUUUUUAUGCUACCACAUGGUUUUAGUUUUUGUUUAGAAAACUGGAGAUUUUAUAUUUUAUGGAUCUUGAAUAUAUAUAUUGUGGAUUAAUUUUGUUUUAUGGCUAGUAAUAUCUUUUUGAAUAUUAUUGUGGAUCUAUUUUGUUUA